AUGGCGUGUCGUUGGCUUCUGGUGUUAGUGGGGGUUGUAACGGUCACCCACGCCUCUGUCUUCCAGACCAGCCAGCGCCUGAAACCUCGAUUUCAGCGCGACCGCAGAAAUAUUCGCCCCAAUAUCAUCCUUAUCCUCACCGAUGACCAGGACAUUGAGCUCGGUUCAAUGCAGGCGAUGAAUAAGACUCGGCAGAUUAUGGAGCAGGGUGGGACUCAUUUCUCUAAUGCCUUUGUGACCACGCCCAUGUGCUGUCCGUCACGCUCGUCCAUGCUGACAGGCAAAUAUGCCCACAACCACAACACCUACACCAACAAUGAGAACUGUUCCUCUCCAUCCUGGCAGGCCCAACAUGAACCCCGCACCUUCGGAGUCUAUCUCAAUAAUACAGGUUACAGGACAGCCUUCUUUGGAAAGUAUCUCAAUGAGUAUAAUGGGUCGUAUGUACCACCUGGAUGGAAGGAGUGGGUGGGCAUGGUGAAAAACUCUCGUUUCUACAACUACACAAUCUGCAGGAAUGGAGUUAGAGAGAAACAUGGCUACGAUUAUUCCAAGGACUACCUGACAGAUCUCAUCACUAACGACAGCAUAAGUUAUUUUCGCAUGUCUAAAAGGAUCUACCCUCAUCGUCCGGUCAUGAUGGUCAUCAGUCACGCUGCCCCCCAUGGGCCGGAGGAUGCAGCGCCGCAGUACACCACAGCUUUCCCCAACGCAUCUCAGCAUAUUACUCCCAGUUACAACUACGCCCCUAACCCAGAUAAACACUGGAUAAUGCGUUACACUGGUGCUAUGAAGCCUAUUCACAUGGAGUUUACCAACAUGCUGCAGAGAAAGAGACUGCAAACUCUUCUGUCUGUAGAUGACAGUGUGGAAAAGGUGUAUAACAUGCUUGUGGACACUGGGGAACUGGACAACACCUAUAUCAUCUACACAGCUGACCACGGCUACCACAUUGGUCAGUUUGGCCUGGUGAAGGGAAAAUCAAUGCCAUAUGAGUUUGACAUCCGUGUGCCCUUCUAUAUACGAGGACCCAAUGUGGAGGCAGGGACCAUCAACCCACAUAUCGUGCUGAAUAUCGACCUGGCACCCACCAUCCUGGACAUCGCCGGACUGGACAUUCCGCCCGACAUGGAUGGCAAAUCCAUCCUCAAACUCCUAGACACAGACCGACUGAUGAACAGGUUCCAGUUCAACAAGAAGGGGAAAGUGUGGAGGGACUCCUUCCUGGUGGAAAGAGGAAAACUUCUCCACAAGGUGAAUGAUGGAAAGGAGGUAGCUCAGGAGAACUUCCUGCCUAAAUAUCAGCGGGUGAAAGAUCUGUGCCAACGCGCGGAGUACCAGACACCCUGUGAACAGAUCGGACAGAAGUGGCAAUGUGUGGAGGACUCUACAGGGAAGCUGAGGUUAUAUAAGUGUAAGGGAAUGGCCAGUCUGUCUACAGCACGACAGCCUGUGCCCAGCUCUAAAGCUCAACUCUACCAGCGUAACACCGACUCCACCCGUGUUUCCUGUAACUGUGACCUGCACAACUACAGACUCACUGCCCUGAAGAACAAAAAACUACUGACUAAAAAGAAACUGAAGGCUCUGAAGAGCUACUCCAGAAACCGCUAUACCCGUGCCGUUUCCAUGGAAAUGGGAGGAGACUUAUAUGCAGUGGAUUUAGAUAAUGGAUUCCAACCCCUGGCUCCCAGGAACCGGAGCCAGACUGAGGAAGAGGAGGAGGCCAGUGGGGUUGGAGUGACUGUCAGUCCCCAAACCAGCAACAGUCUCCUAGUGCCCCCUUCAAUUAAAGUCACACACAGGUGUUCCAUUCUGGCCAAUGACACAGUGAAAUGUGAUGUUGGGCUGUACAAGUCACUGCAGGCAUGGAAAGACCACAAACUGCACAUAGAUCAUGAGAUUGAAACUUUACAGACGAAGAUUAAGAACCUGAGAGAGGUCAGAGGUCACCUAAAGAAGGCUCGGCCAGAGGAGUGUGACUGUAAUAAAUACAUAUAUAAAUCCAAGUUCAAGAGUAAACUCAGGAAAUACAAAACAGGCAGUAUUCAUCCAUUCAGGAAAGGGACAGAAAAGGAUAAGAAACAGUGGUUGCUGCUGGAGCAGAAGAGGAGGAAGAAGUUGAGGAAGUUGUUGAAACGAAUCAGGAACAAUGACACCUGUAGCAUGCCUGGACUCACCUGCUUCACCCAUGACAACCAGCACUGGCAGACUGCCCCUUUCUGGACUAUGGGACCAUUUUGUGCAUGCACCAAUGCCAACAACAACACAUACUGGUGUAUGAGGACCAUUAAUGAAACGCACAACUUCCUGUUCUGUGAGUUUGCUACGGGCUUCCUUGAGUACUUUGAUGUCAACACAGAUCCUUAUCAGUUAAUGAAUGCAGUGAAUACUCUGGAUCGACAUGUCCUGAAUCAGCUCCACGUUCAGCUGAUGGAGCUUCGUGGCUGUAAGGGACAUAAGCAGUGUAAUCCUCGUACACGCAACCUAGAGAUUGGAGGUAAAGAACGAAGCAGCUUUGAUGAAUACAGGCUGUUUCAUCGUCGAAAGUGGCCUAAAAUGAAGAAGCCUGUCUCCAAAUCGCUAGGACAGAUUUGGGAAGGAUGGGAGGGAUAAUCCCGAGGAGAAGUCAGACCUGGAAGAUGAAGAGGCCUCGUCUCCCAGGCCAAGGAACUGGUCAGAACUUGAACCUUUGUAC